UCCAUCAUGUGUAGCAGUGUGCUGCCCUCUGUCGGGGGGCUGUCAGUAUCUGUGAACCAGCUCUGUGUCGGUGAACCAGCUUCACUCCUCACACAGGCUACCUCCCCUGCUCUGUAAAACAACCAAACAAUGAACCGACAGAAUAAUGUUCCGUUCAGCCCUCCAGCGGCCCUCCGAGGAGCAGCCGCCGGGUUCAGACCCCCGCAGCCCGGCAGAAUACCUGAAGACUUCAGAGAAGCUAUGAAACACAUCUCAGUGAAACCAGCAGACAACUCAAACAUCAGGUCAUCUGACAUAUCUGCUAAGACCCCGCCGGGCCGCAGAGUGCACUCUUCUGCUCCUAAAUGGAGGUCUUCAUUCAAACCAGUAGGAGAUCAAGAUGACAACUCUCAGGACAGGAGCACCAGCAGUCCAGAAAGGGUCGAGCUUUAUAAUCCUUACGAUCCUGCAUCGUCAGACUCUGAGCACGAGAUACCACAGCGCCAAGAUCACAACCGUUCCCCACCCGAUCAGGAUAACAACCUAGAACGCCAGCGUUUGUCUCCAAGUAGGGGCUGCCACAACACAAGCCACUGGGACAUACCCUACUCUGAGCCAGAGAGCCUACCCCUCAACAGGCAUGACUUCAGCCAUGAAACUAGACCCACUGAGAGUCGAGGUCUCAGUCCAGGUCAUAGACUGCCUGAUCGACGGGCUUAUAGCCCAGACGCUGAAUCACUUGACCCACCGGGUUAUGGCUCCAUGAGUAGACCUCUGGACCACAGGGUCUGCAGCCCUGACAGACUUAUUCACGGCUCCUCCAACCAGCGGUUUUCUGCACCUUAUGGAGGACAGAGGACCAACGGGGAGGAGAGGAUAACCAUCUCAGAAUACAGGAGAGAGAUGACCACUACUGUUAGAUUAUCUCCUCCCAGGUUACAGCGGGACUAUCAACAUCAGUUGGGGUAUGUGGAAAGGGGACUUGAUGAAAUCACACCUUCCACAGACGUGACGAGAAACAGGAGCAAAAAUAUAAUAAUGGACAAGAGCCCCAUCACCUGUGACCUUUGUGAUGUUGAGCUAGCCAAUGGUCAGGAGCUGCAGGAUCACUUGGAGAGCAAGACUCACUGGGACACCCUGGAGCACAUCCAACAGGAGAAUAAUUACGACGAUCUGGCUAUAGCGUUUCUACAGGAAGUCAUGUUGUAUAAAAGUCGUCAAUUCAGCCGAGCCAUAGAGGAUAGUGUACUUCAAGCUCUGCAGGAAAAUGACCACAUGACAAAGAUUGAAAUGUUCCACUGUGCAGCUUGCAACGUCUACUUAUUCACAUCUGCAUCCUCAGUGCAGACUCACAUUACCUCUCAGGAACACCUCUCCAACACAAAGGAGUUUGAAGUGCGGCAGAGACAUACUUGCCUCAACAAAGCAGAAACCAUGAUGAAGGAGCUGAAACCUCAGUUUGAACACUUCCUGCAGGGUGGCAGCCCAUUUGAAUGACGGAAAUCAUCAAAAGUCUCCAAAAUACUGUUUACACUGAGAUGGCGUUCGCUUCAGAUGAAGAACUAUGGACUUAAAACCACUCAAAUCACAACUACACAUAAAUGCUGUGGCACCACUCGUACAGCAUUUUGCUAACAUACUGUUAAUUUGCCUGAAUUAAUGGAGCCAUCUUGAGUCAAUAUUGGUUUUCUUGUAUCUUUGUUCAUAUAUGGUUCAUCAUAUCCCAUUUUGUCCAUAUUAACAUUAGCUACAGUACUCCCAGGUCAUCAAUCACUUUAAGAACAUACAGUUUGUUUGUUUUUACAUUUACAGAUUCAGUGAUUUGUGUGCAAAAAUAAUUGAAAAAGUCAACUUGUUUUCUUUGUUUUUUUAUUUA